CUCCAGAAGCAUACAGAUUCCUUUACACCUCCCUCUCUCUUGCAUUCAACAGAGAGAAACCUGUUUGAUGAUGGGUCGAUGCGAGACUGAGACGUCCAGUGAUGACGCUGUAUCCAUCGAGAAAGGGAAGAAACACGGUGAUCCCUACAUUAUCACGGUUAACUGUCCCGACAAGACCGGCUUGAGCUGUGACAUUUGCCAUGCUAUUCUCGAAUUCGACCUCUUUAUCACCAGAGGAGAUGUUUCCACUGAUGGCAUAUGGUGCUACAUAAUAUUAUGGGUGACUCCUCAUUCUAGAUCACAUGUUGUGAGGUGGGGCAAUUUAAAGGAGCAUCUUUUAUCCAUCUGUCCUCCCCUGCUACCAUCACCCUACCUCUUCCACCCAUUGCCACACACUUCCUCUUCUCCACUUUACUUGCUCAAGUUUUGCAGCCUUGACCGGAAGGGAUUGCUUCAUGAUGUUACUCGUGUUCUCGAUGAGCUCGACCAUGCCAUUCAGAAAGUGAAGGUUACUACAACUCCUGAUGGAUGCUCUCUUGACCUCUUCUUCAUAAGAGAUAACUUGGGACUCUUGCAUACUAAAGAGAGGCAAGACGAAUUAUGUGAGCAGUUGUACACUGUUCUCGGUGAAUCUUGUAUUAGUUGUGAACUUCAGUUAGCAGGAUCUCAGUAUGAUAACCUUCAGCGUGUUUCUUCUCUGUCUCCACUUGUUGCUGAAGAACUGUUCAGAUUCACACUAUCUGACAAUGAAUCUCGUUCACAAGCUCUGAGCUCGGAUAUCACGGAACUGAAAAGGGCAAGCGUAAAAACUGACAAUUCCUUGAGCCCUGCUCACACUCUACUUCAGAUUAGCUGUGUGGAUCACAAAGGUCUUCUUUAUGAUAUUAUGCGAACAUUGAAAGAUUACACCAUUCAGGUAUCAUAUGGCCGAUUUUUGCCUGCGAAUAAAAGUUACCGUGAACUAGACCUAUUUAUUCAGCAUAAAGAUGGGAAAAAGAUAGUGGAUCCAGAAAAGCAAGAGGCGAUCUGCUCUCGGUUAAAGCUGGAAAUGCUUCACCCGCUGCGUGUUCUCAUCACAAAUCGGGGGCCAGAUGCUGAACUUUUGGUAGCUAAUCCAACAGAACUAUCUGGAAGGGGAAGGCCAAGAGUUUUCUAUGAUGUCACUUCUGCCCUAAAGAGUCUUGGAAUUUGCGUGUUUUUGGCGGAAAUUGGAAGGUAUUCAGCUGCAGAACGUGAAUGGGAGGUAUAUAGAUUCCUUCUAGAUGAAAAUUGCAGUUUUCAGUUGUCAAGUAAGCAGGUAAGAAAUCAGAUUGUCGACAAGGUUAGGAGGACGCUGAUGGGCUGGUGAGCUUCUUUCUAUAAUUACAUCAUCUUUAGCAUUGGUGUGUCAUCUCAUUACCAAUAAAUAAUCGUGCUAUGGCAUUUCGAGUGUUGCAAGGGAGAUUAGGCAAGUUUUUCCCUCUUUCUGUGCGGGUGGAGGGAAGGCGUGCGGCGGGUAGGGGAAGAUGAUUUCUUGUACAGUUCUUUUUGGCUUCUCUUAUGUAUAUGUAGAUAUAACUGGAUCAGGCAGUGAGUGUAUUUUACAAUGGUCUCUUCUUAUAUAUUAGUCAGGAGAAAAUGUUGAUUUCUUGCA